AUGGCGCCUGGAAUCCGGACCCUUUUCCUCGUUGCUGCGAACGUGCUUAUCCCCAUCGCCAUACUAACCUUUGCAAGCGGAUUCUUUCCUUAUAAACCAUUUCUUUCUGGUUUAGCACAAUAUGAAAUCCUGGACUAUGGCUCUCCACCAGAAGCCCCGUUCGACAAGGUGGUAUUCAUGGUGGUUGAUGCUCUGCGAAGUGACUUCGUCUAUUCAGGACUUUCGGGGUUCACUUCUACUCAAAGCUUGAUUGCAUCCGGAGCCGCCAUUCCCUUUACUGCCCAUGCAACCUCUCCAACCAUUACCAUGCCCAGAAUCAAAGCCAUCACCACAGGAUCAAUACCAUCUUUCCUCGAUGUGAUCCUCAACUUCGCUGAAUCAGACACUAGCUCAAGUCUAGCAACACAAGAUACAUGGCUUGCACAAAUGAAGGCAAAACAAGCCGGGAAAAUGGUCAUGUACGGAGAUGAUACCUGGCUCAAGCUCUUCCCGGACUUCUUUGAUCGGGUGGAUGGGACAUCAAGCUUUUUUGUUUCGGAUUUCACCGAAGUGGACAAUAAUGUUACGAGGCAUGUCCCAGGUGAACUUGGGAAUGAUGAUUGGAAUACUAUGGUGCUUCAUUACCUGGGACUUGAUCAUAUUGGACAUAAGGCUGGUCCUCGAAGAAGUCCAAAUAUGAUUCCGAAGCAACGUGAAAUGGAUGGAAUUGUCAGCCAAAUUUAUGAAGCCAUGGCCACCAAAAAGUCUCUCCAAUCAACUCUCUUGGUACUAUGUGGAGACCACGGCAUGAAUGAUGCUGGUAAUCAUGGUGGUUCUGCUCCAGGAGAAACUUCGCCGGCUCUUGUCUUCAUAUCUCCAAAGCUUACGGAGAUCAGCCGAGGCUUCAUGUCCCCUGCUCUCUUCGAAGAGAACUUUCAGUACUACUCCACAGUUGAGCAGUCAGAUAUUGCUCCUACGCUAGGUGCACUUCUUGGAUUUCCUGUCCCCCGAAAUAAUCUUGGGGUUUUUAUUUCGGAAUUCCUUUCGUUCUGGCCGAACAAGAAUGACAGAACACAGAUUCUGUUACGAAAUGCAAGGCAGAUCUUAAGUGUUGUCACUGCCACCUUUUCAUCAUUUGAAGGCGAUGGACCGUCACAGAACUGCGGGGAACUAUCAAAUAGUAUUGAUGAACUUGCUUGUGAUUGGAGAGGCAUUGUCAGAAGCGUCCCAGCGUCUGGAGAAGACCCGGACUUUGAGAGGUGGAUUGGGGCAAUUACCAAGUGGCUGAAGCAGAUCCAAGAAUUAAUGAGCAGUACGGCUAGUAACUAUGAUGUGUCGAAACUCGUAAUUGGACAAGCUGUUGCUGCUGUUGCUCUUUUUUCUACCAGUAUUGCAGCAGGUCCAACUGUUUUCAAUGCCUUGCGAACUAGCUCUCCUUUCAUUGCGAUAUCUCUUUCAUACGGAAUCAUGAUGUUCGCCAGCAGUUACGUCGAAGAAGAGCAACACUUCUGGUAUUGGGCCACUACAGCGUGGCUAAUGCUCCUUUGGAUCAAAUGUAACCGCAAACAGGCUCUAAGCUCUCGACUACUUGCUCUAAGCUCCAUUACUAUUCUUAUCGUAAUGCGGUUUGCAAGACGUUGGAACCAAACUGGCCAAAAAUUCGCCGGCGAGCCCGACAUAGCUCGAACCUUUUUCUUCGAGCACAAAACAUUCCUCUGGACAAUGGUAACACUCACCUACUUAUGGAACCUGCAAUCACUCGCCACCAAAGGCUUCCAGCGCUUCAACCAAACAGCAUCAACCGCAAUCGCAACACUGCUAGCAACAGCAGCAGUAACAUUCAAGCUCGCCUUCACCAACGAAGACUCCCCCGAGCUCAUGGCCGGCAUCGCGAAACUAAUGAUCGGCGAAGAAAUGGGCGUAUCCCUUGUUACUCGCGCGCGAAUUGUUUUCAUUGCUCUGGGUCUUGCCCUAACAUAUACAGUUGCCUCAAGCUUCAGCCAUAAACGACCAAACCCAACAAUGCGUACCAUCCAUGACCUCCUAACGCUCCUUUUGAUAACCCAAUCCCGCGCCACAAACAUCCCGCUCCUCCUACUCUUCGAAAUCCAGUUCUUCCUCAUAGCCGACCUGGACCUAUCGCUCAUCGAGAUAAGCACCACCUCCCUGCUCCUCCAGUACAGCUCAUUUUUUGCCUUUGGCGGCUCGAACGCUAUUUCAUCCGUCGAUCUAUCAUCUGCCUAUAAUGGCGUCUCGGGAUAUAACGUUGUCGCCGUGGGAGUUUUGACGUUUGUAUCAAAUUGGACGGGUCCGAUUUUUUGGACAUCUGCUACCAAUUUGCUGCUUUUGAAGUUGAAGAAUAAGACAGGGGGGAAAGAGAAGGGCAUAUUUGUCCAGCAUUUAGCAUUAUUGACGAUGUUUGUUACUUGUGCCUUGUUUGGGGUGAUGGCUGCUUGUACGGUGCUGAGGACGCAUCUUUUUAUCUGGACGGUGUUCAGUCCGAAGUAUUUGUAUAGCAUGGCGUGGAGUCUGGGACAGCAUUUGGUGGUCAAUGUUGGGCUGGGAAGUAUGCUGUUUUGGUUGGGGGGGUUGUAUUUAUAG